AUGCGACAAGAGUUCCCAAAUUCAUUUGAUGACUGUAUCGUCGUUACCGAUUUGCAAUCGUCUACGGCGUUGACUGGCGUCAGUGGCGCAGCAUUGAGUGUCGUUGGUGUACCAGCCAGCUGUCCAGUUGCCACAACGCUGUUGAAUAACCGUAUGGCCGUCGCCUCCGAUAGUCCCUGCAUACCGUUGGUCCGUAGUCGAAUGGGCGCGCGUGCUGAUGUUGAUGGUUGGGACAGCAAGGCGUCAAAUAGCGUGGCUCGUGCUCUUGGCAGCAAUGAUGACGGUGGAGGUGGAGGAGGCGGCGGCGGCGGCGGCGGCGCUGGUAGUGCUGCCGAAGGUGGAGGAGUAGGUGAAACCAAAACCGGGACCGGUGGUACUAGUUGA